AUGCUUAGGUGGCUUAUGUUCAAGUCGGGUGUGAGUUUUGUGGUGAUUUCAACUAUUCGGGGGGGGGGGGGAGAAUGCCUAGUUACGGGGCAAGCUUUAAGUGAACAAGUAAACUAUGUCGGGGGUCAAAGGCAAGUAAAUGAUCCUUAUUCCAACACCUACAAUCCCGGAUGGAGGAAUUAUCCAAACUUCGGAUGGCGGAAUCAAGAGGGGCAAGGAAAUGCUCAAGAAUCUAAUCAAGCGGGUUCAAACUUUCAAGGUCACAAUAGACCUCCACAACAACAAGGUCCCUACCAAGGAAACCCAAACCAUGGGAACAAUUAUGGUGGUAGACCGCAACACCCUCCCGGUUUUCAACAACCACAGAACACGGAUGAGGGAAAUGUGCUUGCCAAGGUACUUGAAAAAUUGGAAAAAAUGGAGCAAAGGGAGAAGAACCAAUCUUCCACUAUUCAUCAUUUGGAAACCCAAAUUUCUCAAAUGGCUAUCUCACUUCAAGGUAGACCGCAAGGGGGAUUGCCCUCUACUACAGAGAACAACCCAAGGGAGCACCUAAAAGUGAUAGAGCUUCGGAGUGGGCGGAACUUGGAAAAAGCCAAUGGUAAGAAGCAUGUUGUUGAGGAGGAUGAGCCUCAAGUGGUUGUUGACAUAGCAAGCUCAAGUAAAGACCCACCUAGUGCUUGUGAGGAGGUGACUGUUGAAGAACCAUAUGUGAGACCACCGCCUCGUCCACCCUUGGCGGAUGCACUCCGAGAGAUGCCGCAAUAUGCCAAGUUCUUGAAGGAUAUCAUCACCAACAUAAGGAGUUGGGAUAGUGGUGCAACGGUUCCCAUUUCGGAAGUGUGUAGCUCAAUCAUUUUGAAUGAUCUACUAGCUAAGUUGAAGGACCCAGGGAGUUUUUCUAUACCUUGCACUAUAGGCACUAUGAGUUCUAUAAAUUGCUUAUGUGAUCUUGGUGCUAGUAUUAAUCUUAUGCCUCUAACUCUUUUCAGGGAAUUAUGUGGAGAUCAAACCGUGAAGAGCACCUCGAUGGUACUCCAACUAGCGGAUCACUCAUUGAAGAGGCCGUAUGGGAUUGUUGAAGAUGUUCUUGUGAAGGUUGAUAAGUUUAUAUUCCCAGUUGAUUUUGUCAUUUUGGAUUAUGCGGUGGAUAAGGAAUUCCCAAUCAUCCUAGGGCGGCCCUUUAUGAAUACUGGGAGAGCUUUGAUUUAUGUCCAUGGUGGGAAAUUGACGUUGAGAAUCGAUGAAGAAACGGUUAAGUUUGAUAUGAAGAAAGUCAUGAGGAGUACCAUCGAGGAGGAAGAAUGCAUGCGGAUAGAAUUGGUUGAUGAAAUGGUUGAGGAGCAACUAAGAUUGAGCAUCGGGACAUUUAAUGAGGGCACAGAAGGGAGUUUGGAACAGUAG